AUGAAUUUAGUCGACGGUAUCAAAGCUGCAUUUUCUCUCCUAUCAUCUAUAUUCAUUGUCAUUUUAGUCUGUUUUCUUGGCUGGUUCUUAGUCUACAAAUUUUUCCUGCUACGAUUUAAAGUUGUACGUGAAUUAUUAGGGCAGUUAAACGAUACGCCUGAAAAAAGCACCAACAGCAGUACUGAAACAAAGGUCAAGUCUAAGAAAAUUCGUCGCGACUAA